AUGGCGCCCGCUGAGUAUGCUAUUCCUGUGGGAAGUUUGAUCCUAGUCACCGGUGCCAAUGGAUAUAUUGGAUCACACGUUGUCGAUCAACUGCUUGCGCUGGGUUAUAAAGUUCGAGGCACUGUUAGAGACAAGAAGCCAUGGCUAGAUGAGUUUUUCGAAAAGAAAUAUGGCAAGGGCAAGUUUGAGAGUGUUUCUGUUCAAGCGAUAGAAGCUGCUGGGGCCUUUUCCAACGUUGCAGAGGGGGCCAGUGGAGUCGUUCACGUGGCUUCGGAUGUCUCUUUUGGACUCGAUCCCAAUGUCGUCAUCCCGAUUGCAGUACAGGGCACGAUCAACAUUCUUGAGGCAGCUGCUAAACAACCUUCCAUAACACGUUUUGUCAUUACGUCGUCUUCUGCUGCCGUAAUUAAUCCUGAGCCAAACAAAAAGGGUGUCAAGAUUGAUGAGAACACAUGGAACGAGGCUGCAAUCAAACUGGCAUGGAGCGGUAACCUGACCGGCAAUGUUCCUGAGGGCCUUGAAGGCGCUAUUGUGUACUCGGCCUCAAAGACCGAAGCAGAAAAGGCCGCAUGGAAGUGGGUUCAAGAGAAUAAGCCUAACUUUGUUCUUAAUACUGUCCAGCCCAACUUUAAUGUGAGUAAACCUUUGGACUUUUCUUGCUAUGGAAAUCGCUGA